AUGCGUUCUCCUCAAAAGCCUUCGGCCGAUGCAGACGUCGACGUCAUUGAUCCAUACAGUGAAGAUCGGCGCAUAGCUAUGCGCCAGCUGUAUCAAGACUACGAAGUGGAAGUUCCAGAAACAGAGAAGACUCCUCCAUCACCACGAGUUCGCCCGGCAGUUCCCGCGCCACCCCGAGAGCCGCUCAUCAUAGCGCAAUAUGCGCGACGAUUUCCGCAGCCACCAGCUAGUGAAGGUCUACAUAUCGCGCCACCGGGAAGCAAAAAUAGUGUCGAGCUGUUUUAUGAGAACACUACGCUGACGUCCGCUAGUUCUACAGUCACUUCCAAAGCGGAGAUCAGUCCAUCUACAUCAAUCUCUGUUGCAUUCACUACCCCUCAGAUGGUG